GUUACGUCACCCCCACACUGGCCUCGCUUCCAUGCUCCGCGCACCGAGCUGUCAUUUCACCGGGAGAGGCGAAGGGCAUCCGGGAUAGCGAACGAGAGGGGAGACACUGAAACUCGUUUCUCGAGUGGACUAACAGAACAGUGGACAGUGGAAGCAAGUCAUUUUAUCCCUCUCUGUCCUGGGACUUACCUCGGUGGAGUGAAUUUUUUUAUCCCGUCGUCGUUUUGAGGUUGAGGACGUCUGGCCCGUUGGCCUGACCACCACAUACAAUAAGGACUGCUGAUGCAUCGUUUAAGGACUUGUGCGGCGCGAUUGCGCCCGCUAACUGCCUCACAGGCAGCUCAGACUGUCGGCCCACAGCGGCCCACAACAGUCGCCUCCACUGGUGGCACAAGGACGUUUCAGCCAAUCAGGUGCUACACUGCACCUGUGGCCUCAGAGCCGUUCCUGAAUGGGACAAGCUCUAACUACGUGGAGGAGAUGUACUUUGCCUGGCUGGAGAACCCCAAAAGUGUUCACAAGUCAUGGGAUGUAUUUUUCAGGAACGCCAAUGCCGGUGCUCCUCCCGGUGCAGCCUACCAGUCUCCUUUGGCUCUGUCUGCAGUCCCUCAGCUCUCCUCUCUGGUCGGAGCUCAGCCCAACGUGGAGAAGCUGGUGGAGGAUCACCUGGCUGUCCAGUCCCUUAUCAGGGCCUACCAGAUUCGAGGGCACCAUGUGGCCCAGUUGGACCCCCUCGGCAUCAUGGACGCCGACCUGGACUCGUGUGUCCCCACUGACAUUAUCACCUCCUCCGACAAGCUGGACAUGGCUGUGUUCAAGGAGAGGCUGAGAAUCCUUACGGUAGGAGGUACGAGAAACCACAAGGCUUGUGCGUCUCUGCUCAGUGCUGUGAAGCCAGUGGUUCAUCUUUAGUGAAAUAUUUUUGUG